CCAAAAGGGGAGCGCAACUGAUCCCAAUCUCUCCUUUCAGCUCAGACUUCAGUGAACAUGGCCCGAAAACACAUGCCCGUUUUGUCGAAGCUCCUUCGUGUCUUCAUCUUCAUUGCCAAGGUGAGGAAGCUCUCGUUCGAGAAGUACUACUCGUCACUCGUAAGGAAGUCGCAGAGAAACCGAAAGAAGCUGAGGUUUAUGGAGAAUUACAACUAUGGCUUCCACCGCGAGUACGAGUUAUCGCCUUCCAACACUCCUCUGAUUCGCUACCCUAGAAAGCACUUCGCGAAGAACAGAAGCUCCCUGGACUUGGAGUCUCUGUUAUUUCUCUGCAAAUGCUGGGGUAGCCUCAAAGUGCUGGAAGGCGAGGACUACGGAGACUUCACCGUGGAAGCUCUUCCGCCAAAAACUGAUGGCACUGGAGAUGCAAAUACGUUGGUUCUGCUGGAGCAGUCGUUAGAUUGGGGUGAAGAAGCUUCGAUUGAUUUGCGGGCUGAGAGGUUCAUCGAGAGAUUCUAUGAGGACAUGAGAAUGCAGAGGCAGGAGUCUAUUUGAAUUUGUUAAGAUUUUUGGGAGCACAUAUUGUAUGGCAUGUUGCUCCAAAUCUGUAUUUGUUAUUUCUUUUUCCUCUCCACAAGAUUAUUUUUUGACAUUGUACGUGGAGAUUGAUUGGUUUGCAA